CAUGCAUAAAUCCACCCCCGCACUUGGCAGGCCAACCCUCCGUCCGCGCGCGCCCUCGACCCUGAAGGGUUGAAUGGCAAACAAAGACUUGUGUGGUGUCCCUUGUGAGAGGCCAAAGUUUGGCUUUCUUAUCACCAUGACGAUGUUCUUAGCAACUGGCAAACGCACAAAUAUUUUUCACGUCUAUGUGAGAAAAUCCCAAAGGUUCCAUUUUCACCUACGGCGACAAAUGUCUCACCACAAGUGUUCGGUGUACAGAAAUUCCUGCGUUCGUCCUCCUGUGGAUCCAGCCAGCCGUCGACCAACGCCACACUACGAGAGAUCAUCGAGUGCUGAAAUGACCAAAGAUGGGCGGAAAACUGAUGAGGAUUCUGGUGGUGGUGGAAGUGAAAAAAUAGCCCUCUGUGAGGAGAUCAUAAAGGAAAAUUGUGCCUUUCAGUCCCUCAUGGAUUUCUACACAAACAUUCCAGAUUACCAGGACAUGAAUCAUUUGUCUGAAGCUGAAUUCUACAGGCAACUGGAGAGGCUGAAAAUCCGUCAGGAUGAAUUGAAGAAAAGUUGCGGUGUUCAGGGUAGAUGUUCCUCGAGGGAGCCUUCAGCACAGGGAUCAUGUCUUCCAAGUAAAAAUGACAAACAAAGUGAUCAGAUUCGUGAAGGGGAUUCAGAUCAAAUUCACCGUGAUUGCGACAUUGAUUCCCUCUACUCAUCAACACAACGACCAUCGAGUCAGAAUCCUCCCAGUAAGAAAUCUGGGAAAUCCGUGAGGAUCAAUAGUGGGCUCAGUACGUUGCGCUCCGACACAACGCAUGGGAAUAUUUCGGAUGAGGAAAAGAGUGAACGACGAUCGAAACUACGUAGCAAAUCUGCUAGUCCAUUCCGUAAUCCAGUCACAGUUCCACGACCCUUCCGGAUGACGCAACGAGAGGAGGAGGAACGGAUGCUGGAAGAUCUCAUGAUGAGCACUAAAUGCUUCUCACCGUGCGACAAUAAGAAGUCAGACCAGAAGAAAACUUUUAAGGCCAAUCCAGUACCCCUGACAUCCAGAAUACCCCUCUACAACUCCAUACGAGCAGAUCAGGAGCACAAGAGUCAACUGGCCAAGCUAAAUUCCACCAUUGAAUUGCAAUCACAAAUGAAACCCUUCCAUUUCACGGAGAAGGAUGAACGACCACGUAGCCGAUGCCUCAGUCGAAGUAUGUCUUCGACAAAUCUCUCGGAAAAAUCCUCAAAGAAUUUCCACGCCAAGCCUUGCCCCAAGAAUCUCUUCAGCAAUUAUUUCUACAAUAAAAUGUGGGAGGAUGAGUAUUUCCGGAAUCUCAACAGGAAGAUCAGAGCAGAGGAGCUGCUGAAGAUGGCCUCACUGCCACCAUCAAUGGCUCGUCGUGAGUCAAAGUCACGCAAUGAAACUCAGAGGAAUGGACACACACGAAGGAGUCGAAGGAAAAGCAAGAAGAAAAGUAGUGGGAGGGAGAAAAAUCGAACCAUCUGUGAUGAUCACAAGGAUACAGCUAAAGGAAAGGAUUCGAACCAUUCCAAUGGAAAAUAUUUUGUGCUCAGUGGGGCUACUGUAAAGGAAAUGGACGUCUUUGAUGUCCAAGAGAGCUUGGAAAAGAUAAGUGCGCAAGAUUUUAAGACAUACACAAGGUUGAAUAGCGGAGACGUGCUUGUGCAGACGGCCACAAUCCAGCAAAUUGAAGCUCUAAAAAAUCUCAAAACCUUUGGGCCUGAUAACAAACCGGUUGAUGUCUCUGAAAACGGCGUAUUGAAUCAAUCACAUGCCAUUAUCCGAUGCAGCCAGAUCAUGAAGGUCGAAAUUGACAAAAUUUGCAAAAAGUUGGCCUCACAGGGAGUUGUGAGUGUGCAGCGCCUCAAGCGGAAAGUGGACAACCAAUGGGUAGAUACCAGCACUCAUCUCUUGACCUUCAAUUCACCUGUUUGCCCCGCUGAAAUCCGUGUUGGCUACUUGUGGUGCAAGACGGAAAUUUACAUCCCCUCACCUUUCCGAUGCGUCGUUUGUCAGAAAUUGGGUCACACGAAGAAGAGGUGCGAUUCGAAGAAAAAUGUUCCCACUUGCGGCUUUUGUGCUGAACCAUCACAUGCUGAAGGACCUUGCCCAAAUCAAUCUCAACCCCGCUGCGUAAACUGCAAAGCUAGUCACCCAAGCUUCAGCAAGGUGUGCCCAAGGUAUAUUGAGGAGAAGGAAAUUAACGCCAUUCGUGUGACGAUGAGGAUUCCCUACAACUUGGCGAGGGAAGAAUUCAGAAAGAGGAAAGGAUCCACAACACCACAAUCUUCAACACCAUUUGCCCAACCAAGUUCUUCACAGACAACAUUGGCACAAAUCAUCAAAUCCCAAGAGGACAAUCAGCACAUAAUUCGGUGCACGAUAGCCCAUUCAGUAAACAGUUCAAAUAGCUCCUCAUCAUUCAGCUCCCCAAUGCCAAUUUAUCCCAUCAAUCGUCCCAAUUUGGCUGCCACGCUGCGUUUUCAGCACUCACGAAAGAAGCUGAGAGAGCUCAGUAAACCCUCGAGUCCACCUGAAUACUCCACAAAGCGCCACAACAUGGCCUGGGGUAUCCGGAAGAAUCCUGCAUGGAAAGCCAUCUACUACGAUGGCACAAAUCUGGAGGAUAUUGCCGUUCGUGUGGCGACACGGAGAGCUGAACAGAAGCUCCUUGUGGAGGAUCACAAGAUCAACAUGGAGUUAAUGAAGCAACGCGUACGGGCAGCUCCACUUCUGCUCGAAGGACCCACCUACUGGGGUCCCAAAGUGGGCCAAUUGAGCCACACUUGUGCUCACCCAAAAACUGAUUCAGGAUCCCAGCGGAGUCGCCGACCCAACUCCACGGGACCCCAUUCACGCAAUACCAGCAAAAUGAGCUACUACUCAGACACACGGAAACCCCGCAAAAAGUGUCCCCACGAAGGACAUGAAGAUUUGCUGUAAAAAUCAAAAUUAGACAA